AUGGAGCGUUCGAUAUUUAGUGCUCGUUAUUGUUUUGUGGAAAAACUUAGUCGGGAUGGUAUACUCUCUCCACCAUCUGUAGCUGUUAUUGACUCCUGGUUUCAUUGGAUUACAACCAAAAUGAACGUUGAUGUUGACCUAAUAGUUUAUUUAAGAACAUCUCCAGAAGUAGUUUAUGAGAGGAUUUUAAAAAGAAACCGGCCAGAAGAAAUUUCUAUAUCGUUAGAUUAUAUCAAAUCAUUGCAUGAAUUGCACGAAGACUGGUUAUAUCAUAAGAGAUUACACAAAUGCCCAGCUCCUGUUUUAAUUGUUGAUGCAGAUUUGGAUAAAACUAAGAUUAAAAAAGAGUAUCAGAGGUGGGAACCAAAUAUUUUGAAUAAAAAAUUUGGUGCUCAUAUUUAA